UAGUGGAGCUAUCCCCGCCUUCUUCCCUUAAAGCGCCGCUGCGAUUGGUCCACAGACCUGGUAAAUAUUGACCCCACCAACCAAUGGGCGUCAAGCCCCCUCUACGUCAUCAUUAGAUGCCGGAAGCGGUGUCCCAUGUGUGAACCAACCUCUAGAAUCUGGCUGAAUGUGCUCUCAGCACAUUCAUUUAACCUCGGUAACUUUUUUAAAAUAAGCGUGGAAAUGUACCAACAAGCGUUACGUUACUAAUCGGUGCUGUUUAUUCAAAUUAUUAUAUCGUAUUUAUUAUGAAUACGGUCCGUUUGAAGCUCCGGUCCUUCACACGUCUGUAUAGUAAAAGCAGAGCUCUCUCUGCGGCUCCUUCUCCGGCUGUCACGAGCUGCUGUUUUCCUCCUCGCCGGACUGUCUUCCAGUUUCCCCGAACGAUGGCCGCUAACGAGUGUAACGCCCCGGAGACGAGGCCGCCGCCGGGUCCGAAGAAGGCCAAGCACAAGGAGCCGCUGCGCCGGGUGAAGACCAAAGAGAACCGGGGCAGGCGAGGCGACGUCCACGGGCCGUCCACGGUGUUCCUGCAGGUGGUCGGCGCCGGCAGCAGAGACAACGCCGCGUCCCUCUACGUCUUCUCCGAGUACAACCGAUAUCUGUUCAACUGUGGAGAAGGAACACAGAGACUCAUGCAGGAACACAAACUGAAAGCGGCUCGGCUGGACAACAUCUUCCUGACCCGGCUGAGCUGGGAGAACGUGGGAGGUCUAUCGGGGAUGAUAUUAACCCUGAAGGACACCGGUGUUCCAGAGUGCGUUCUCUCUGGACCUCCACAGCUGGUGGAUUAUCUGAACGCCAUCAAGUCGUUUUCUGGCCCGCUGGAAGAGAUCAAGCUGUCGGUCCGACCGUACACCGAGGAGUCGUACGUCGACGAGACGAUGACCGUUCACCAGGUGCCGAUAUUCGCUGCCUCGAAGCCCGGCGGCAGGAAGCUGUCCCCCGAGUCGGGCCGGAGCAGCCCCCCUCGUAGCCCCGCCUCCCCCGGGAGAGACGGUCUCCACGGCAACAGCCGUGAGUCACCAACUGACAGAGGAGACGGACGGAGAACAACUCGAGAUAAUUCGUUGGUCGUUUCCUUCGUUUGCAAACUUCAUCCCAAGAGAGGAAACUUCCUGGUGGCUCAAGCGAGGGCUCUCGGUCUGCCCGUGGGCACCGCGGCCAUCGGGCCGCUCAUCGGAGCGCUGAAGGGCGGGAAAAGUAUCACGUACGAAGGCAAAGAGAUCCACCCGGAGCAGGUCUGCACCCCCACUGAUCCAGGACCAGUCUUCAUCAUCGUGGAGUGUCCGUCGGAGGAGUUUGUCGAGGCGGUUUGCACCAAUCAGGAGCUGAGCAGGUACCAGCAGGGGGCGACAGAGGACGCGGCUGCGCUGGUGGUCCACUUGACCCCAGAGUCCGUUCUGUCCACGGAUCAGUACAAGAGCUGGAUGGAGAGGUUUCCCUCCACCACACAACACCUGGUCCUGAAUGAACGGGUCCAGACGGUCCACAACGUCAGGAGCCACAAGAUCCAGGCCCAGCUGAACGUGAUCCACCCCGACAUCUUCCCCGAGCUCAAAGCCUGCAGAUCAACGGAGGCUCCGGCUGCUCUGCCCGUCCCGACCGUCAGAGCCGAGUGUUGUCUCAAGUUCCAGCUCCGACCCGUAAUGGAGUGGCAGAGGGAGGCCGUCACCUCCUGCAACGUGGAGGAGUUUGUGAAGGAGGCGUUAGAGGUCCCCAACUUCCUGGAAGAAGUGGACAAGUGCAGAAAGAUCUGCUCCACCAACGCCGCCGAGCUUCCUGUGAAAGCAGCACAGAAGCACCCUGAGGUGGUGUUCCUGGGAACCGGCUCCGCUCUGCCCAUGAAGAUCCGGAACGUCAGCGGCACGCUGGUGAACAUCAGCCCGUCUCAGUCGCUGCUGCUGGACUGCGGCGAGGGAACCUUCGGCCAGCUGUGCCGUCACUACGGCGACGGCGUGGACGCCGCACUGGCCAAGAUCUCCACCGUCUUCAUCUCUCACAUGCACGCCGACCACCACACGGGUCUGCUGAUGUUGCUCUACCAGAGGGAGCGAGCUCUGGCGACGCUGGGCGUGGCGUUCAGCCCGGUCCACCUGGUGGCGCCGGUCCAGAUCAUGACGUGGCUCAACCAGUACCACGACUACUGUGAGGAGAUCCUCCACCACGUCACCUUCAUCCCGAACAAAGUGCUGGUGGACGGCGGUGAGACGCCGAAGCAGAGAACAAAGUCGUUGAUCCAAGAGCUGCUGAAGAAGAACGACUUGGAGGAGUUCCAGACGUGCAUCGUGCAUCACUGCAGGAACGCCUACGCCUGCAGCUUCACCCACCGGUCCGGCUGGAAGCUGGCGUUCUCCGGCGACACCAUGCCCUGCGACGCCUUCGUGCGCGUGGGAAAGAACGCCACGCUCCUGAUCCACGAGGCCACGCUGGAGGACGGCCUGGAGGAGGAAGCCGUGGAGAAAAGACACAGCACGACCUCGCAGGCCAUCGGCGUCGGCUUGAGGAUGAACGCCGACUUCAUCGUGCUGAACCACUUCAGCCAGCGCUACGCCAAGAUCCCGCUCUUCAGCGAGGACUUCGACGACCGCGUCGGGAUCUCCUUCGACCACAUGAGGAUUCGCUUCGGGGACUUCAAGACCCUCCCCCUUCUCAUCCCCGCCCUCAAGACCCUCUUCGCCGAGGAGAUCGGCGAGAUGGAGGGAAGGCGGGAGAAGAGGGAGCUGAGGCAGCCGAGAGGGGGAGGCGGCUCCGAGGGGUUGAUGGCUCCCGAGGACGACGUGAGCCGCGGCGCUAAAAGACACCAGCAGGGGGCGGCGACGCACGCCGAAGACGCCAAGAGGCUGAAGAGCAGCUGAGGGGCAAAACAGACUUUUGAGAUCUUUUAUUUCAAGAUGUUGCUUUUUGAAUUUUAUUUUUUUAUUUUGGCUCGUGUGGUUCUUGUUGAAGGGAAAAAAACAGAAGUAUAUUUCCUUCUUUGCCAUGUACAAAACUUAGUUUUAUUUUUCAUUCAACAGAAUAAAAAGAUUCCGCACA